AAAUUAAACCGAAAAUCAAAUCAACACUCCUAAUUUUAUAACAGGAAAAAGAAGAAACUCAUAAAAAAAGAAACUCAUGCCUUCCACACCCCAUAAAUAAUAAUCAAACCUCAAAAAUUUAAGGUUUCAAUUACCAUCGCAGGACCCACCACUAACACCUCCAAUGUCCCUAUAAGUAAAGCUGCCCGUAUCACUCACCGGUCACCACCGAUAUCUACGUAAAAUACCACUUUCAGUCAGCAUUUCUAUUCGUCGCCAAUGGCUGCUGCUUCUUAUCUCUCCGCAUUCCCUACACUGCAAUUUCACAUCCGACCCAAUAAAAAAUCACCAUCUAAGCUCUCCAACCCUGGUUUCUCUAAUCCUCCCAUAUAUGCUUCAAUAUCCGAGACCAAACCGUCCACGGUUACUCCGUCAAAAUCCGGCAAACUCCCGCUCCUCCCUGUCCCGGGAAGCUAUGGUCUUCCUGUUAUCGGUCCAAUCAAUGAUAGAAUUGAUUACUUUUACAAUCAGGGUCGGGACGAGUUCUUCAAGUCCCGGGUCCAGAAGUACCAAUCCACGGUCUACAGGGUCAAUAUGCCACCUGGCCCUUUCAUAGCUUCGGACCCACACGUCGUUGUUUUGCUUGACGGCAAGAGUUUUCCCGUCCUGUUCGACGUUACGAAAGUUGAGAAGAAAGACUUGUUUACUGGCACUUAUAUGCCGUCAACGGACCUCACCGGCGGCUACCGUAUCCUCUCCUAUCUGGACCCGUCCGAGCCGAACCACGCCAAGCUCAAAAGCAUCAUAUUCUCGCUUCUGAAGUCUCGUCGGGACCACGUCAUUCCGGAGUUCCAUUCGAGCUUCACAGAGCUCUUUGAGACUCUGGAGAAGAAUCUCGAAGACAAAGGCAAAGCCGGUUACAACGACCCUAACGAUCAAGCCUCCUUUAACUUUGCUCGAGCCUUCUUCGGGGCGAACCCACCCGAUACUAAACUUGGGCUCGACGGACCCAAACUGAUUGGUAAGUGGGUUCUGUUUCAACUCAGUCCAAUAUUGACUCUUGGGCUCCCAAAAGUUGUUGAAGAACCGACGAUCCACUCGUAUCGUCUCCCUCCGUUUCUCGUCAAAUCUGACUGCAAGCGACUCUAUGAUUUCUUCUAUGCAUCGGCGGGGUCCAUUCUCUCGGAUGCUGAAAAUUUGGGGAUCUCGCGAGAAGAAGCCUGCCACAACAUUCUGUUCGCUAUAUGCUUUAAUUCAUUCGGUGGCUUGAAGAUCCUCUUCCCCAGUAUGAUGAAGUGGAUAGGCAGUGCCGGGGUCAAACUACAUACUCAAUUGGCUCAAGAGAUCCGAUCAGCCAUCAAAUCCAGCGGUGGAGAAGUCACGAUGGCGGCAAUGGAACAGAUGCCGUUGAUGAAAUCGGUGGUCUACGAAGCUCUCCGCAUAGAGCCGCCCGUGCCGACACAGUACGGUAAGGCAAAGAAAGACUUGAUAAUCGAGAGCCACGACGCUGCCUUUGAGAUCAAAGAAGGUGAGAUGUUAUUUGGUUACCAACCGUUCGCUACCAAGGACCCGAAGAUAUUCGACAGAGCCGAGGAGUUCGUGGCGGAUCGCUUUGUGGGCGACGGUGAGAAGUUGUUGAAGCAUGUACUGUGGUCCAAUGGACACGAAACUGAGAACCCAUCAGUGAGUAAUAAGCAAUGUGCAGGGAAAGAUUUCAUAGUGCUGGCUUCAAGGUUGCUUGUUGUGGAGCUGUUUCGCCGUUACGAUUCGUUCGAGAUUGAGGUCGGGAAGUCGGCGUUAGGAGUUGCCGUUACUGUAACGUCUUUGACGAGAGCGAGUUUUUGAUUGCGAGGGUACAGAAUAAUGCUCGACACCGCAGGACGUUGACUCCAUUUAUCUUCAAUCUGAAUAUUUAUAAUAAAAUGUGACAUCAAUUUAACCCUCAAUUUGUAUGUUAAGUGGAAUGUGAAUCCAUUUAAUAUUUAAUUUGGAUGUUUAGUGAGUCAUACGUGUGUGUUUAUAAUAAAAUGUGACAUCCAUUUAACCCUUAGUUUGUAUGUUAAGUGAAUCGUAUAUGUAUGUUUAUAAUCAAUAGUUAUUUCACAUGUCAAUUCAGAUAAAAUAAAUGUUUUAUUUUGGGUGAA